GCGGAUUAAAUAUUGUUUUAUUUUUAUUUUGUAUUCCUCGGCUGAUGAAGCGUGUUUUUUUUUUUUUUGCAAUACUAGAAUUGCACUUUUUUCGCCUCGUUGUGAGUUUUGUUCCUGAAGUGCAACUGUGCCUCUCUCGAGAGUAGAAAAAAUAGAAAUUUUGUGUUAGAACGGAAACCAUUGCGCUGUCUAACUGAGCCAAUCUGGCUAAGGCUGAAGUUGAAGCUGAAGCCCCCCGGCCACACUUUCCUCCUUCUAAACUUCUCUAUAGGUAUCUCUUAGUACAAAUCUUCGUUUUGAUAUUAUAUCGUGUAGUGUACCCGUAAAAUUGUUGCAAAUAAAUAUACCAUAUGUAUACGCGAACUUAGGUGCGGUCACGUUACGGAAGUGUUUUUACACAUUGUGUGGUGCUUGUGCUGACUCUGGGCACUGGUUCUGGGUUGAUUAAAGUUUAAUGAUUCUUCAACGAUCAUUGAUAUAAAUGUACAGAAAUAUAAAGUUGAUUAGAGAUUGUGAAGUUAGGGUUUUUAAUUUUUGUUUAAUUCAGUUCUUAGUGAUUGAUUGGUGGUCUAAUUGUUAAGUCAAAGUAAAUUAUGUGAUUUAAGUGAGAUUUCAAAUAAAAAAUUUGAAAACAAAUUCUAGAAAAGUUUAUCUGUUUUUAAACCUACAAAAAUUGAGAAAGAAAAUCGUUUAACAAUGAUCGAAGAAGGAGAAGAGGAUAAUUUUUGUCAUAAAAGGAUAUUUCAUUAUGUCCUUAAGGCUGUGAAACAAUUCAUUGAUCUCGUAAACCAGAUUGGAUCAUGUUCAGUUCGGAAGAAUGUAUCACAUACCACCGCAAUAAAAUUUUUAUACGCUAGAAAAUUUGAUGUACCACGUGCUGUAUCGCUAUACGAGCAACAUGAGCAAAUCAGACUGAAGGAGUGCCUGUAUAAUAUUGAUCCGGAUGUAGAACCUUUAAGAUCAGAAUUGGAAACAGGAAAGUUUACAAUUUUGUCUGCAAGAGAUUCAAGUGGAGCUGCAAUUGCUUUAUUUACUGCUAAUAAACAUAGUCCUUUAUGUGUUACACAUACAACAACUUUACAGGGAAUCGUCUAUCAAUUAGAUGUAGCGUUACAAAAUACCGAAACGCAAAAAGCCGGAUUAGUAUUUAUUUACGAUAUGAGUGGAUCAAAGUAUUCAAAUUUUGAUUAUGAUCUAUCACAGAAGAUUUUAACAUUAUUAAAGGGUGGAUAUCCUGCGCGAUUGAAGAAGGUCCUAAUUGUAACAGCACCAUUGUGGUUCAAGGCACCCUUUAAGAUUCUAAGGCUGUUUGUACGUGAAAAAUUAAGAGAACGUGUUUUUACGGUGUCAGUGCCAACAUUGAGUUUGCAUGUGCCUCGUCAAGCCCUGCCCAGAUACUUAGGCGGAACUCUAGAAAUAGAUCACUCCACAUGGUUACUUCAUUGCUACAAAUCGAUGACGAAUCGUGAAGACGAGCUUCUGGCCAAUAUUGGGCACCAACCAUCUAGCAAUAAUCUACAAACAGGAACAAUAAUAACUACAAACAAUACAACAAUAACAACAGCAACAACAACACCAGUAUCAACAGAUUUUGUCGGGAGCGGAGAUCAAGGGGUGAUUGACGGCGCAGUUGUUGCCGAAACAAACGAUAAUAAUCUCCCCGACACAACGGCACCAUUAAGCGAGUUCUGGUCGGAGAAUCCACCAAGUAGUGCUUCGUCUGGGUUCAGUGAUGACGACAGUCUGGCCGGGGCAGAGGGAGAUCCAAAAACAAUUGAACAGAUCGUUCAAAUGGUAAAAGAACGUGGUAGACAGGGUUUGUUCAAGGAAUAUGCUGAUAUCAGGAGUCGAGCGCCUGAAGGCACAUUUAUUCAUGCAAAGAUGCGAAAUAACCUGACAAAAAAUCGUUACACAGAUGUCCUGUGCUACGAUCAUAGCAGAGUGGUGUUAUCACAAGACACAGAAGAUUUGUCAGAUUACAUAAAUGCCAACUUUGUGGAUGGUUAUAAGCAGAAAAAUGCGUAUAUUUCAACUCAAGGUCCAUUACCAAAGACAUCCCAUGAUUUUUGGCGAAUGAUUUGGGAGCAGCAUUGUUUAGUUAUAGUUAUGACAACACGAGUGUUAGAAAGGGGUAGAGUAAAAUGCGGUCAAUAUUGGGAACCAGCUGAAGAAAGUUCCUCUGAAUUUGGACACUUCCAUGUGCGAACAAUUAGUAUAGAAUCUAAUGAAGAUUAUACAGUAGCCUCAUUAGAAAUCAAAAAUUUUAAGACUGAAGAAAUAAGGAAUGUCUCACAUUGGCAGUUUACAAGCUGGCCAGAUUAUGGUGUUCCAAGUUCGGCGUUAGCAAUGUUAAAUUUCUUACAAAAGGUCCGCGAUAAACAGGCUCAAAUGGUGAAAUCAUUAGGCGACACAUGGGCUGGACAUCCACGUGGCCCUCCCAUAGUUGUGCAUUGUAGUGCUGGAAUCGGACGAACUGGUACAUUUAUAACCUUAGAUAUAUGCAUAUCGCGCUUAGAGGAUGUUGGCACAGCUGAUAUUAGAGGCACUGUCGAAAAAAUCCGUUCACAACGAGCCUACUCGAUACAAAUGCCAGACCAAUAUGUGUUUUGUCAUUUGGCUCUCAUAGAGUACGCCUUAUCCCGUGGAAUGUUACAAUCUGUAGAUCUUGAAGGCUUCGACGAUCGAGACGAUGAUUCCGAUUUAAUUUAAUACAAUAGAACCCUAUAAAUGUUUAUAAUAAUAAAUAAUAAUGAAACAAAAAUAAUAAUCCAUAAUACACCUCCUGAAAUGUAUGAAGCUUAAAUUCAACCGCAGGACGUAAUGUUUCUGCCGAAUCAUUUCUUUUUUGUAUGGAAUGAAAAGGACGACUGUGUCAUGGUCUGUGCUGGUGUGAUUAAUAAUGAUGAUGAUCUGCUUCAUAGUAGAAAUAGCAUACUAGAACCCUGUGAUUUCUAAACAAUAAAAAAAAAUUAAACAAAAAGUUUUGUAUAUGACGAACUAACACACAGACCACAAACACAUGCCGUGAAUACGUAACCGUCCUGGAGGAAGGAUUUUUUGUUUUUCAAACGCCGUAUUGACGCCAGAUUUGACAACUUUCUGCGAAUUAAUUAAAAAACAUAAUUAAAUUUAAAUAAACAAACAAACUACCACAACCACCACCCUAACCCGCAACAAAAACAAAUCCCUUCUUGUAUAUUUCUUAUAAUAAACAUAACAAACAAACAAAACAAAACAGAGCAAGAUGUUUGUAUUAACAUUGUAGAGAAUUUUUUUUAAAGAAUGUUCUAUUUAAAAAAAUCAGUUUUUGUCUUUAUUUUAUUCUUUUUAUAAAUAUACUCUAAGUUUUCUUAAGCAUAUUAUUAUUAUUAUAUUAUAAUUAUAAUUAUAAAACAAACAAAACAACAAAAUAGAAAUCAAAUUUUAAUUAAAAACAAAAAAUAAAAUUAAAACAAAAAAAAAAAACAAAAUAAUGUAGUUAAGAUUUCUAGAGAUUACAAAUUCAAUUAUUGUAUUUAAAAAAACAAAAAAUAUUAGAAUCAAUGAAAAGAUUAUGAAAAUAUAGAAAACAAAAUAAUAAUAAUAAUAAAUUAAACAAUUAAAUGUAUUGAACUAUGAGAACUAUUUUUUAUAGCUUUUUCAACUCAAGAGAACAAAACAAAACACAAAACAAAAAUACAAAACAGAUAACAAACAAGACAGAAAUUAUUAUGGAACAUGGAAAAUAAAAACAUUGGAAAAAUACCGUCUUUUGUCGGAGGUGAUAUUUAAAUAGAAAACAGAAUUUAAAUUUCUAAUAGCCGCUAAUUUAAAAGCAAACAUUUAAAAGAGUACCUAAAUUGGAGAACUUAUUGCUUCGCUUAGUGUUGAUUUAGUUUUGUUUUUAGUUUUAUUUAUUUUUUGCUUUGUAGAAAAGAAUAUUCAUUUUCGAUCCGUUUUAUUUGAAAAUUUAGAUACGAUUUUUUUUAUUGCAUUGGAAACACCUAUUAAAAAAUUUGUUUAUUAUUAAUCCGGA